GAUAGCAAAUAUUUAAAAAAUGCAUCUUUAUUUACUGGAAAGUGUUUCUUAUAACUUUAUGGUCAAAUUUAAGGGGUGUGUCAAAGAGAUAGGAAUGCAUCAAGACAUCGGGAAUGUAUACAAAUGUUACCUAUUUGUCAUAGAAUGACAAUAGAUUUAGAAUUGUGUUGCUCACAAAGUCAUCAUUUAAAAACAUUCAACCUCUCAGUAUGCGGGCAAUAAAAUGUAUAAGGCAUUAGAGGCUCCGACAGCUAAUUUUAUAUAAUAUGACUUCAAAUAAAUUUGGUUGGUUGAACAGAACUUAAUAUUCAUGAGCGCACUCUGAAAAUUAUGUAGACUUCCGGGGCGGAGACUAGUUGCUUAUAAAUAUACCUGAACUCAAUUAGCUUAACGUCACAGCUGACGGUUAUGCUAAUUGGUGCUGAGAGAUUAUACUUCCAUCUAUGGGCGCUUUGUAAAGCAACCUUCUUGAGUAUUUGCGAUCCUUCCAUGAUCGAAAUCGUUUGUAAAUCGGUUAUUUCACUUCGCUUGAAAUAAUCGAGAAAGAUGAAGGAGUUAGUGGAGGAGAUGCCUGAUGAGGGAUAUGGAUGCGCCGUGACUAAUCGUUUCGGCCAGCUGCUCGACGAUGAGUCCGACCCUUUUGACAUCUUACACGCGGCGCAGGUGGGAAAACAGCAAAAGAAGAAGAAAGAAGAGCAAAAGAAAACUUCAUCCACCACGAAAGCUGGAAAAAAAGAGUCUCAAAUGGACAGGAAAAUCGCUUUUUCCGCGGGUGGAGGUGGACAAGCCCAAGUGCGUCUUGUUCAUGGGGAGGUUGAGGAACAAAUUGAAAGACGUGUGACUUUUGAGCGCAAAUGCAAUGUUGGCGACACCCCCCUUAGUUUCUCGGUUGAGAGGCCAGUGGAUGAUGUGUUGGACAGGGCUAAUAGAGGAAGAGCUACUGGAAGAGGACGAGGAGCCCGAGGCCCAGGAUAUCCAAGAUCCAAUGAUGGAUUUGACCAGAGGGGAAAGAGGGAAUUUGAAAGGCAUAGUGGCAGUGACAGAACGAGUGUCCGCUCCGAAGAGAAGCGUAGUGGCAGUGGCUCUCGCAACUGGGGUUCUAUGAGAGACCAGAUGAGUGAAAUUGAAGAGGUGUCACCUAGCGAACAGGUCUGUGAAACCGAUGAGACCCCCGAGGCAGUAGAGGCUGAUGGAGAAAACAGGCCUUCUGAGACUGAGGAAGUGAUUGAGGUAGCCAUAGAGAUGACACUGGAUGAGUGGAAGGCCUUACAGGAGCAAAGCAGGCCCAAGGUGGAGCUAAAUAUUCGUAAGGCAGACUCUGCUAUGCCAUCAAAGGCUGUGGUGAUUCAUAAAUCCAAAUUCCUUGAGAAACAAUAUAAUGGCAUUGACGAUGAGGAUGUGGUUUUCCGCCGCCCGACCAAUGACAUCACUUGUCAGUUGGAAAUCAACUUUGGCAUCCUGGCUCGGCCCUCUCGCGGUGGGAGAGGUGGACGAGGCGGUCGUGGCCGUGGGGCUCCCUCCAUGCCAUCACAAAGAUCUCCACAAAAAUAUGAAGUGGCUCCAAACCCAGAUGAUCCAGAGGAUUUCCCUGCACUGGCAUAGUGCUCAUUCAGAGGAAGAGUGUGAAGUUCAAACUGUUCUGCAACCUGUCAGGGUAACACUGAAAUGGGGAAAGUGCUCUUGAAAUUGGCAAAAAUAAAAAAAUAUGCAAAGACGUUUGUUUGCAUUGAUCCGACUGUAUCAUUCCAAGAGUUCUGCACUUGUUUGGAUUUAAUGUUUCAAGUGGCUGGGGAAAGAUUGUUCUAAAGUAAGAAAAUUAAUGAAUGCAUUUACUGAUGUUGAGAACACACUUUAUUGCCCUAAGUGUUAUGGGAUACACUUUGUUCGAAGACAAAGAACCUUGUGCAUAGGAUUGCACAGAUGUUGUGCAACAUUUAAAGGGUUAAUUCACCCUAAAAUGAAAAUUCUCAUUUACUCACCCUCAUGCCAUUCCAGAUGUGCAUGACUUACUUUCUUCUGCAGAACACACAUGAAUAUUUUUAGAAGAAUAUCUUUGCUCUUUCGGCCCAUACAAUGCAAGUGAAUGGGUGCCAAAAUUUUGAACCUCCGAAAUCCACAUAAGGCAACACAAGUACUCCGGAAGACUCUUGUUUAAAUCCAUAUCUUCUGAUGCGAUAUGAUAGGUGUGGGUGAGAAACGGAUCAAUAUUUAAGUAAUUUUUCCUUUUAACUUUCUCUUCUGUUUUUGGUGAUUUUCACAUUCUUGGUGCAUAUUGAAACUUGUCAAGUUACAGGUUUUGCUGGACAUUAGUUCAUAAACUAUUUGAUCACAGCAUUUCUCAAUACAGUACUUCAUUUGACCACCAGAGGGCUGAAUACCCCAAAGAAUAACUGAAAUCGGUGCCUUGCUGCUUUACUGUUUGUUGGUUAUUCCUUUUGUAGUUUCCUGUAAAAAUCUUAUUGCACACUACACUAAGCCAUGGAGAGACAUCUUGAAAGUAUUUCACUGACACCAUGUCAUGUGUAUCCUACUGUUUGAUAAAUAAAGUCUAAAAGUCUUUGUCAAGCAGCCCUUUUCUUAUUUUUGGGGGUUGACAAGUUUCCUUCAUAACAUCACAGUGCUUGGCUGUUGAUAGAAUCUCUCACUGCUAGACAUACAGUGAAGGGAAAUUCAAUUUACAGUGAGCUGUUUCCUCCCUCACUGUGCAUCUCUAUAGAUUCUGACAGUUUGCUAGACAAUAUAGUCAGUUUUGUACAAAAGAAACUGAAGCCCUGUCCUGCCCAAUUGUGCUGAGCAUUUUUACUAGCACACCAAAGAAGUGAACUCUGGAAUCAAAUUUUUCAUUGUAGAAAAUGGACAAUUGUGAGAACACUUCACAUCUGUCUAAAUCUUUUUCUUUUUUUUUCUUUUUUUCCCUCUUUCAGCCUCCCUUGAUUGCUGUCCUACUCUUUUGUGCUAUAGAAGUCUUGUCUUAAUAUAGUCAUAUGAUACACUCCGUUUAAGUCUUUGAAGAGUGUUUUUUCUUUUUUUUUUUAUUUAUUUUUUUUUUAAAGGGGAUUGGGCCAAAUUCCCGCGGCUGGGUUAACAUUGAGGUGAUUGUAAAUGUUAGGCUUAAGUGUUCUCUCUGCAUUCUCAUGGCUAUUUUUCUCUGUAGAUUGUGUUGAGCUGGUGUAAUACACACAGGCAUGAGCUCAAUGUAGCUGACAGAUUGAUUCCAGAUGGAUAAAGCAGUGAUUAUUGGAAGGAUGUGUACACAAUAUUUUCUGCACCUAAGCCCAACAUUUUCUUUAUCUUGGUUUGCAUCUUAUAUUUUCAUGUCAGCCCUACCAGCUUUUUCUUUCCCUCUGUCUUCAAGGGGACAUUGUGGAGAUUGAGAACGGUGUAUGACUAAUUAACUGUAAACUUUUUUGAAUUGAUAUGGAUUCAUUGGGGCACAGAAAACAAAUGGUGAUUGAUUGCUGGUCUCAGGCACUUUGAUAUUAAUUCAGUAAAGUGUUGAAUUUGGUAUAACCCCAAAAAUGCAUUUGCACCUUUUGGUUAUAUAUGCCUGAACAAAUGUUAGGAUAAAUCAAGUGGGAUCUUAAUUUCCUUCAUAUUCAGUAGAACUCUUGGAUCAAAAUGAUCCAGACUUUUGCUUGAUGAUAGCACAGGUCCUGUAAGCAUUCUGAGAUGAUCUGAGCUGACCUUUAAAAUCCUCAAGGGACAGUCACACUACACUUUGCGCACCAUUCAUUCCCAUAUAAAUGUGUUUGAAUGCAGGAGACCGGAACCGCAAACUCAUGCAGGGAAAUUGUUUUGCUGCAUUCAAAAGUUUGUUGAAUUCUGACCUGCAAAUAUAAGUGAUACGAGUGACCACUAGAAGAUCAAAAUGUCACACUGACCAAUGCAAAGGAUACAUGUUUAAAAGCUAUGUGUUCUUAUUGUUGUAGGAAAGCGAGGACAUGGUGUAUUUAACAUUUUGAAUAUAAUUGUUUUAAAACCAGAAGCCCUCCCGCGUGACAUCCUAUCCUGGUCUGUUGCGGUGUCUGAAAUAAUUUUGCAUGCUCAAAGCCUAGUGUGACCACCCCUUUCGUUGUUUUUUGUUUUUUUAUUUUCUCACUUUUCAUUAAAUGUUAGUCAGUUUCUACUGUGUGCAGAUAUCAAAAUGAAACUGCCAUUGUCACAUCUUUUGUGAUUGAUGCAACAUAUUUGAAUUGCCUUAAGUGGAAAGUACAAAACCACAUUGGGUCUCUCAUUCACUUAAAAUUAAAUUGUUUUAAUGUGCACAAAGACUGUUCUGCAAAAUUUCCACCGGAUUCACAACAGGAGGAUUCUCUCAAAGUAGUUCUAAUGUUGAUCAGUCCGGAUUAUUCUAAAUGAGAGCACGCAUGCCUGCCCGCAUUUAGUAUUUAUCUUAAUACAUUCCCAAACUAUUAACCCUUUCUACUUAAGGGCAUUACACAAAACAUUCAAAAAAAUGCAUGCUCCCUGUAACUGCUUUGUUGAUACUCUUUUAAUACAGUUGACAUUGCGCACAGACAAGGACUGUCCAUGUCUGCCGAAGUUGUGUGCGUUCCGAUCUGCAACACGGACAACCGAAAUAUACUUUGGCCUUAAGGUCCCCAGGAGUCUGUGAUUUUGCAAACAUGUGAUUUAAGUUGGUGUAAAAAUGUAUCUAAAUUUAGAAAAAAAAUGGAUGUGCUGACUUCAUAAUCAUAAUUUCUCCAUAACAUUUGCACAGAUUUUUACACAAUUGUACAUGUGUUUAGAGAACGAGACCCUUUGACCGUACUUGCACCUGACCUGUACUAAGAUUUGCCUUAAUCCAUACAGAUUUCAGUUUUUCAUACGGGUCUUCUCUUACUCAUUAAAAUUCUCAGUUUUUUAGGUGUCUCAAGGUUGGACUCCGUGGUAAACAGUUGUGGAUCUCAAAGUGGCAAACCCAACAUAUUGAUUACGGCUUUAAGGCUAGUACUGUUAGCAGCCUUGAAUCCUGCAGAGCAUGUACUACUGAGACUCAUCGACUAAGGAAACAGAGUCUGGUAAACUACAUUGUGCUUUUGGGCUUGGUUUCAUUCAUCUCACACUUAGUGGGUGAAGAAAUUUGACCAAACUGAAUGAUUUUAGCUACCAAGAGUAACAAGUGUUAGCAAAUGGUAUUCUUGACUAUAUUUGUGCUGAAUUUAGUAUGCAUGCAGCAUAUAUUUUGUACUAUUUUCGUAUACCUUUGAUAAUGUGUGAUGCGUAUUUUAAAACAGGCCAGUCGUAUCAAAGUCUUAACCCUUAUCUAUUAAUAAUGAGGAGCUAAUCAAUCAGGGCUCUUGAGCUGUUAAGACAAGGGUCAUUUUUGCCCUGCGGGGAGAGAUGUGGGCUAAUCAGCAGUACCCAUGCUCAUUAUUAAUUCAGUAGCUAAGGGACCUCUUAGCUUUCUACCCUGCAGAGUUCAGAGCGCUGUGUCGGCACAAAGUGCAUCCAUCACAAUUUGGCCUUCUUGGUAUCGAUUGGGUAUACUAUGUUAAAUGUAUUUAAGCAACAAGUAAGAUUCAUCAUCGCUGUGAGUUAUUAACAUAUGCAUGAGAUGUCCAUAGAUGUUGACAGAAAAUAUAGAAUUACAGACAUUAAAAAUUCAGUCUAAGAUGCAGUGCUGUUUUACACUUUAUGCAAAUAUAAAAUGUUUUCCAGUAAAAAAAAAAAUAGCUACGUCUUUAAAACAAGAUAUUGUUUAUUUUCAUUAGCCCAGUGGCAAAUUGUUUUCUAGUUUGAAGCUUAAACCUUGCUAAAUUCUUAGAUUUGUGCUUAAAACAAGAGAAAUGUAUUAAAUUUUCCUUCAAGUAUUUGUCUUACUAUGUCUAAAAUGUAUCAUAUUUAAGGAUGUUUAGAUAUUUUUACUGUUUUAAAAAGACAAAAAUACUGUCAAAAGACAGAAAUAAAAUGUUCUCAU